AACACAUAGCUCUGCAUGUUUUACUGGAUGUGAUUGGCUAUCACUGGGUAUUCCAGAAUAUAAAUGGCUUCUUUGGGCAACAUGAGGAAGACUUGGCUCCGUAUCUGAGAAUCUGAGAAGAGACUUUGUCUACUGCAGAAAAAAAGACCCAAAAUGAAGUUGUUUGUAUUUUUGUACCUGAUCAUCUCCGCUUCUGCUGCUCCCGCUCCAGACAGUGACAGCAGUGAGGUUGCAGCACAUGCUAAUGCAGCCCUCAGGCUCAUGGAGCUGUUUAGGAUGUACCAGCAGCAGGGACUUGCAAACCCCUUUCUUCCUGCCGCUGGUGCUCAUGCUGGUCCUGCAGCGGCUGCAGAUAUAAAUGUACCAGUCCAGCCAGCUGCUGCUGCCAUCCCAGCAGGAGAUGCCUCAGAUGAGGAGGCUGAGGGUGGGAACCCAGGUCCCGGUGUUGGGGUGGCACCCCUAAACUCUGACGAGGAAGACGAGGUUGAAGAGGUGGAGGCCACUGAAGUGGAGCCGGCAGUGGUGGAGACGGCAGCAGAGGCCACGGCAGCGCCUCCGGCAGCAGCUGCUGAGCCUGCCGUGGUGGAUGUGGCUGUGGAUGCUGCACCAGUUGAUGAUGUUGUUGUGGACGUGCCUCCCGUUGACGUUGCCGCUGUUGACAUCGCCCCCGAGGUGGCUGUUGAUGUGGCCGGUCCUGCCGCAGCUGAUAUCCCCGCUGCUGCUGAUGUCCCGGCUGCUGGUGACACUGACACAGACGCAGCUGAGAAUGAGGUGACGGGAGGCAUCGCAGAUCCUGCUGCACUGUAGCUGCCCUCCUCUGUUGUUAAAUGACUGAAACACUCACAUCUGAUGUAGAAGAGAGGCAAAAGGAAAAAAUGAAACCUCGAAAAACAACCUUUUCUCUUUUUUAUACUCUAAGCAUGAAAGUAGUUAGAAAUUGUUUGCUUUGUUUUGUGUUUUUUUAAUGUAGUUCCAUUUGGCAAAGCUUGGAAGUUGUUGUCUUUUAUUUUCCUGAUUUUUCCGUGCUUGACAUUAAAAAGCCUCAUCUUUCAGACUGCAGCAGCGACGGGAACCUUUUUUUAGCAGAAAGUCAAACGGAUGUAGCUUACAUUAUGUAGUGUCAUGACCUUUUCCUUCAAAUCUUAUUUUCAAAGUCUUGUGUAGACUUAUAUUUCAUUUCAUGUAAAUGUUGAUUUGAUUUGAAAUAAAUCCUGUACUACUACCUUU